AUGGAAGGAGGAAGAUGGACGGUUGACCUGGUCAGGCUGUCUCCCGCAUCCCUCCCCACAACCUCUGAGCAUUCCCUCCCAGGACCCUUGCAGAAAUCUGGUGAGUUCCAGGGGAGAGGAGAUGGGGACAGGGAUAGAUGGAUGGUGGAGGGAGAAAGAGGAAAAGAUGGAGAGGAGACAAAUGGAUGGAAGUUCCUGACAUUAAGGCGGAGGGGGGUGAGGCCUUCUCCAAAGCAGCUCCUUGUUUCUUGAAUCCCUUUCAUAAAGUAGUGGGGGCAGAUAUUCUUCCUCAAGAAUUUUAAAUCUUAGGAGUUACAGUGGUACCUUGGUUCUCAAACAUAAGUCUUCCAAAACCAAGGCAUACUUUCCUAUAGAAAGUAAUGGAAAAUUGAUUAAUCCGUUCCAGACUUUUAAAAGCAACCCCUAAAACAGCAAUUUAACAUGAAUUUUACUAUCUAACAAGACCAUUGAUCCAUAAAAUGAAAGCAAUAAUCAAUGUUCUGUACCAUAAAAUAUUUAAGACAGUAUUGUAGAUGAUAAAAAUUAAAAUUAAGACAAAAAAAACCAAGCCACAGUCAAAAAUGAAAAAGCCACACAAACAAAAAAACAAAAAAUAGGAAAAAACUAAAGCACCAAAUGUCACCUCAGAACACUGCAACUAGAAACAGCUUUAAUAUUGAUGGGGGGGGGCUUAAAUUAACCGUGUAAUGGAACAAAUGGGAUGAAAAAAGCCUUGAUUACGAUGGAGAGGACUUAAAUUAGCUGCUCAAGGGUAAAACAGAAUGAAAAAAAGCCUUAAUUAGGAUGGGGGGGGGACUUAAAUUUGCUGUGCAACAGUCAAAAUGGAAGCUCAGGAGCACGUUCGGUUUCCGAGGCAAAGGUCAAAAACAGGAACACCUACUUCUGGGUUUGCAAAUGAUGAAUCAACAGAAGCAUAGAACAAUCUAUGGACUUCCCUUUUUUGAAAUAUUUUUAUUGUUUUUUACAAAUGCAUGUUUCUAUCAAAGACAUUUAUAUAAUCAUUUCAUGAGGCUCCAUCCCUUUCAUGGGUCCUUAUAUUACCGUAUUCUUCGCUCCAUAAGGCGUACCGGACCUUAAGAUGCACCUAGGUUUCAGAGGAGGAAAACGGGGAAAAUAUUCUGAAUCAAAUGUUGUACUAAACUAUUUAAUAAACUACUGGUAUAUCAGAGUGAGACUAAGAGGGACAGGAACUGUUUGUUUGUUUAGUGUGCAGGCUCAAGGAGCCAGCGGAUUAGCUGAGACGUGGGGGAUUUGCGUAAUUUCCCCCUCUCCCUCAUCCUCUGCCCUCCAGUCCCCAGCAGCCUUCCUUUUUUACCUCCUGAUUUUCACUGCGCUCGUGGCUCAGAGCUUGAGGUUGGGGUUUUUUUUUGCUGCUGGUUGCUUAAAUUUUAUCCUUCCCCUCCUGUGUCCUGCCGUCCCUCUGGAGCCUCAUUGCUCCGUUUAGGGAGCGGGCGGACCUUCUGCAGCUGUUGCUGGCUGCGCACCACUUUUAAGAGUGCCUUCUGGCUUUGAAUCACCUGCCUCCCUUUACUAUUUUACUCAAGGUAUUUGCCCUGUGCCUGGGGUUUUUUUUUUUCAUUUAACAGUUUGCAGCCUCUUCCUUCCGUUGCUUGUUUUGAGGCAGGAUAGAUUUGAGCAAGUGAUCAGGACUUGGAUUGCAGGGGAUUCGCCAUUAGCUGUGUAAAAGCGCUCCUCCUUGCAGCCUUCAACUUUGUUUGUACACGUGGCUACUGGUAUCAGGUUCAGCAUGAGCCAGUGUGGUGUAGUGGUUAAGAGCGGUAGUCUCGUAAUCUGGGGAACCGGGUUCGAGUCUCCACUCCUCCACAUGCAGCUGCUGGGUGACCUUGGGCCAGUCACACUUCUUUGAAGUCUCUCAGCCCCACUCACCUCACAGAGUGUUUGUUGUGGGGGAGGAAGGGAAAGGAGAAUGUUAGCCGCUUUGAGACUCCUUAAAGGGAGUGAAAGGCGGGAUAUCAAAUCCAAACUCUUCUUCUUCUUCUUCUUCUAAUAAGCAGCCACUGGCAGCAAUAGAAUGGAGCAUAAAAAGGAGUAGGGGCACUGGGACCCAGACAAUGCUCAAAUCUAUCCUGCCUCAAAACAAGCUGCAGAAGUAAAAAGCACGCUCCCGCUCCCCUGCCCCUCAUCCCGUGCGCUCCCCAGCCUUUUUUUUUACUUCCUGGUUUUCACUUCGCUCGUGGCUCAGAGCUCGAGGUUGGGGUUUUUUUGCUUCUGGUUGCUUAAAUUUUAUCCUCCCCGAUCCAACCCCUCUUGUGCCCUGCUGUCCCUCUGCAGCCUCAUUGCUCCAUUUAGGGAGGACGCGGACCUUUGCUAGCUGAGGCUCGCUGUAAAGCAAGUGAAGCUAGAACCGCACAAAGUGGGACAGAAGCCCUGUAAGCGGAUCCCGCUUUGCUUGACUGAUGGGAGCCAUGGCUCCGGUCCAGUGCAUUCGCUCCAUAAGACGCACAGGCAUUUUCCCUUUCUUUUUAGAAGGAAAAAAGUGCGUCCUAUGGAGCGAAAAAUACGGUAAUUUGUCCAAAACUACAUACAGUGGUACCUCCGGUUGCAAACGGGAUCCGUUCUGGAGCUUGACAGAUGCAAACCGGAGGACUGCUUCUGUACACGCACGCGGCACAAUAAAGUGCUUCUACGCGUGCGAGUGGCAAAACCCGGAAAAAUACCAGAGGGUUACGUAACACGAGGUACCACUGUAUAGAUACAUUCUCCACAGUUCUCAUUUAUCUAAAUUGUCCAUAAACUUAUUUACAAGUGAUUCCUAAAGUCCAGCUAACGUUUUGAUUUGCGUGCAGUAAUCUCAUAGGUAAAUUAUAAAUUUCCCCCAUUCUUUUUUAAAGUACUUGUUUUCUUGAUUCCUGAGCUAAUUUUGCCAUUUUGGCAGAGUCCAGCAGUUUGGACUCGUCAAACUCAUGCUGGUAGUUUCGCGAACACUAUCCAACCAUCUCGUCCUCUGUCGUCCCCUUCUCCUUGUGCCCUCCAUCUUUCUCAACAUUAGGGUCUUUUCCAGGGAGUCUUCUCUUCUCAUGAGGUAGCCAAAGUAUUGGAGCCUAAGCUUCAGGAUCUGUCCUUCCAGUGAGCGCUCAGGGCUGAUUUCCUUAAAAAUGGAUAGGUUUGAUCUUCUUGCAGUCCAUGGGACUCUCAAGAGUCUCCUCCAGCACCAUAAUUCAAAAGCAUCAAUUAUUCGCCGAUCAGCUUUCUUUAUGGUCCACCUUUCACUUCCAUACAUCACUACUGGGAAAACCAUAGCUUUUACUGUACGGACCUUUGUUGGCAAGGUGAUGUCUCUACUUUUUCAUUAUAUACCAUUUCCCAAAAUGAUACUGUUAUCUUACAUGACCACCACAUAUAGCAAAAGAUACCCACUUGUUCUGUACAUUUCCAGCAGAUAUUUGAACUUACUGUAUACGUUUUAGAUAACUUACUAGAGUCAAAUACCACCAGCACAUCAUUUUCAUGUAGUUUUCUUUCAAUGUACAGCAAGCUGUGAAUUUCAGAUCUGUUUUCCAAGGCCUCUCCCAAUCUACCAUUUGUAUGUUAUGUCCUAAGUCCCUUUCCCGAGAACUAAGAGUUCUUUUUGAAAUUGUGAUGUCUCAUAACUAAAACCUUUCUUUUUGUCUAUCUUAAAGAUAUCGUUUAGUUGAUGGUACUGUAACCAGUCAGUUACAGCUUCCCUUAUCUUUUCAAAAUCGUUUAAUUUCAGUUGGUUUUCAACUUCAGUUAACACCUCUCUGUAAGUCGGCCAAUUACUUCUCAUAUUCAAUUUUUUUCAGAGAUAUUGCUUCCAAGGGGGAAAGCACUUCCUGUACAGCUCAUAUUACACUCUGAGCUAAUUCCGGUGCUUCGCACUGAAUUGACUGUCCCUCUGUUUCCCACGGACAGUCCCAACAUCAUGUGAUGUUUUCAAGCUAGCAGCUUGCAGCUGCAUUGCUUCUAUAUCAUAACAUACUCUCCCAUAUGAAUCAAUGUGCACUGCGAACAUAGCUUGAUCCAGAGAAGAAAACAGUUGUUAUACAUAUAACAAUCCCCUGUUGUUUCAGUUCCACCCUUGGAACUACCCGCCACUGGUUUCCCCAGUGUACCUCUCUGGUUGUCUGACUUCCAAGGAAUGAGUGCAUCUGCAUUACCUUGGCUAGGGAAUGUAGUGUUACGCUUAGCAACUCCCUGUUGUGUCUUUGUCUCUGACUUAGACACAGCUUCAACCUGUCUUGAGUUGUCAACAAUAGUAACACAUGCAACAGCUGAGUUAGCAAACUCUUUAGAAUACCUCUUGGGUGGUACACGCUUUGUAACUCUCUCGGACCUGCGUAUGAGGUGCUGAUCCUCUCUGCUCACUGGUUCAGUCUCAGGAUUCUUUGGAGAACCAGUUCCAAUAGUAAACAGUGGUUCAUCCUUCACCUGUGAAGGUCUAGCCAUUGUGUGAGAUUUCCUCUCAAUGACUGUGUCAACUGAGCUCUUCGAGUAUCACUGUUACUCUCAGUACCACUGUAAUCAGUAAAAUCAUCAUCAUCAUCUGAAUUGUCCUCAGUGGGAAAAGUGUGAACAAUUACUCUCUCCUGUUCAGGAGCGCACUCUAGAAAUUUUGUGAGAAUCACCUGACCAGAUUCAGACAAAAGUACUCUGUAGAGACCCUUUUCAUAACCCACAAAAAUGCCUCUAGCAUUCUUUACUCCACCUGGAGCAUCAGAUUUCACAUGAGACCCAAAAACCUUAAAAUGGGCAACAGAAGGUUUUCUAUGAAAUAGCUUUUCAAAAGGAGAACUUCCCAAACCUUUUGAAACCUUUCUCAACCAAGUGUAACAAAAACACAAUAAAGAUUCAGCCCAAUACUCAUGUGGCAAAUGUGAACUCAGCAAUUGCGCCUUCAUCCCAUUUUGCAAUUCUUUGUUCACUUGCACACAGCCACUUUUGUCCCAUGUUCCUGCAGAAACAGCAAUCUUGUGCCUUAUGCCUUGCUUAUCCAGGAAAUCCUGAAAAUCUUGUAAAAGAAAAGCUGGCUUUUCAUCUGUGAAAAGACAAUCAAUGUUAGCAUCAUAAACAUUUUUAACUUUGUCACAAAACUCUUUAAACCUUUCUAAGGCUUCUUGUGGUUUCUGCAAUAUGUAUAACCACACAUAAUGAGAGAAAUAAUCCACACACACAAGAUAAUAUAUUGCAUUGCCUCUAGAUGGUGCUAGAGGACCAAUCACAUCAGCAUAUACUCGCUGAAAAGCUUUAGUUACUUUCGUCGCCUUCUGGACGUCCUUCGUCAUACCUGCAAAAGAAAUCAUGUUGGACUCAGAUGCAUUACAAUUUAUGCAAUCACUUUGAUCAAAAUCAACAAAUACAGUUCAUCUUUCUCUCUUUUUUUUCUUUUUUUUCUGUUUUAAAUAAUUUUUAUUAAUUUUCCAGACAUAUAAUAAAAACAAACAAUAAAACAAAACAAAACAUACAAACAAAUAAACAUGUAUAAUUUCAUAAACUCAUAUUCCUUCACCUUAUUUCCCGGACUUCCCCAUACCUCCCUUUUUCUGCAUCCUUAUUUUUCCCUUUUAACAGCAACCCUCCAUUUAAUUAAUUAACUCAUCUUCUUUAUAAUUCCCUUAAAUUUAUGAUUUACAGCUGCAAUUCUCUGUUUCUUAACACCAUAACAUCUCAACACUCCUCAAUGUUACAACAAUUUUUAAGGUAUAUUUUAAAUUUCUUCCAAUCUUCUUCCACUGUCUCACUCCCCUGGUCACGGAUUCUGCCGGUCAUCUCUGCCAUUCCCAUGUAGUCGAUCACCUUCGCUUGCCAUUCUUCCAGAGUGGGUAGCUGCUGCGUCUUCCAAUACUUUGCCAGAAGAAUUCUUGCUGCUGUGGUAGCAUACAUGAAAAAAGUUCUGUCCUUCCUUGGCACCAAUUGGCCCACCAUGCCCAGGAGAAAAGCCUCUGGUUUUUUAGAAAAUGUCCAUUUAAGGACCUUUUUAAUUUCAUUAUAGAUCAUUUCCCAGUAGGCUUUAAUCUUCGGGCAGGUCCACCAAAGGUGAUAGAAAGUACCUUCAGUCUCAUUACAUUUCCAACAUUUAUUAUUGGGCAAAUGGUAAAUUUUUGCAAGUUUGACUGGGGUCAUGUACCACCUAUAGAUCAUUUUCAUUAUGUUUUCUCUCAAAGCAUUACAAGCCGUAAAUCUAACACCAGUAUUCCAUAACCUUUCCCAGUCAUCAAACAUAAUGUCAUGACCUAUGUCUUGUGCCCAUUUGAUCAUAGCUGAUUUUACUGUUUCAUCUUGUGUAUUCCAUUUCAGCAGCAAAUUAUACAUUCUUGACAAGUUCUUAGUAUUGGGUUCUAACAAUUCUGUUUCUAAUUUCGACCUCUCCAUCUGAAAACCUAUUUUCCUGUCCUGUUUAAAUACCUCGUUUAUCUGAAGGUAGUGCAACCAAUCUCGUACUUUAGACUUUAAUUUGUCAUAACUCUGUAAUUUAACCCUUUCACCAUCUUGCUCUAAAAUUUCACAAUAUUUUGGCCAUUUGGACUCCAUAUUAAGUUUUUUUGUCUCUUUAGCUUCCAUUGGUGAUAGCCACCUGGGAGUUUUACUUUCCAAUAGAUCUUUGUAUCUUAUCCAAACAUUGUAUAGUGCUUUCCUGACAAUAUGGUUUUUAAAACCUUUAUGUAUUUUUACCUUGUCAUACCAUAUAUAUGCGUGCCAACCAAAUCUGUUGUCAUACCCUUCCAGAUCCAAAAUGUCUGUGUUCUCAAGAAGCAGCCAUUGUUUCAGCCAGCAGAACGCUGCCGAUUCAUAAUAAAGUCUCAGGUCCGGCAGGGCAAACCCCCCUCUAUCUUUUGCAUCAGUUAAGAUCUUAAAGUUAAUUCUGGGCUUUUUGCCCUGCCAGACAAAUUUUGAUAUGUCUUUUUGCCACCUCUUGAAACAGUCCAUUUUGUCCAGGAUCUGGAGUGUCUGGAAUAAAAACAACAUUCUAGGCAAUACAUUCAUCUUGAUGACAGCAAUUCGGCCUAACAAGGAAAGUCUCAACCUUGACCAUAUUUCUAGAUCUUUCUUCACCUCUGUCCAACAUUUGUCAUAAUUGUCUUUAAAUAAAUUCACAUUUUUAGAAGUCAAGUUCACACCCAGGUACUUCACCUUUUUUGUUAUUACUAAGCCUGUUUCACUCUGAAACUUCUCUUUUUCUGAGAGAAAUAAUCCACACACACAAGAUAAUAUAUUGCAUUGCCUCUAGAUGGUGCUAGAGGACCAAUCACAUCAGCAUAUACUCGCUGAAAAGCUUUAGUUACUUUCGUCGCCUUCUGGACGUCCUUCGUCAUACCUGCAAAAGAAAUCAUGUUGGACUCAGAUGCAUUACAAUUUAUGCAAUCACUUUGAUCAAAAUCAACAAAUACAGUUCAUCUUUCUCUCUGGCAGACAGAUACAGCUCUCCAUCUUUGAAGAUUUUGCAGCUUUCUCUAUCAUAGGACAAAAUCAGUCCUUUCUUUGUGAUCUGCGAAACACUCAGCAGAUUGAACUUUGAAUCAGGAACCAAAUAGACAUUGUUUAUAGUCAAGUUCAGACUCUCAAGAUACACAGUUCCAAACCCGGUUGCUUCCAGCUCCUGGCCAUUGGCCUGUUUCACAGUGAAGCUUUGCUUCUUAAACAUUGAAAACAGUUCUAGGCGCAACGUCAUGUGUUGCGUGCAACCAGUGUCAAGAACAAAAGCGUUCUCCGUUGAAAAUUUGGCUUUUGUUGACAGCAAUGCUUUUGCAGGUUUCACCUGGGACUUGGUACGACUUUUGCCUGACGCCUCAGGCUUUGCAGAGCUCCCCUUAACUCCUUUCUGUUGACGUGGCUUCUUAUAAUUCCGCUGAAGAUGCCCAGUCUGUCCACAAUUGUAACAACGGACAAUGUUCAAAGCAACAGCCUGUUCUUCACUAGCAGUAGCAGUGGGGGUGUCAGAACUCCGAGCUUCUGUCCCCCUGUCUUUGACAUCUAUUGCAGCAAGUCUGUCUCUCAUUCAAAACCAGGGCACAAAUUCUUUCCACCGUAAGAUCUGCGGCAGGUAGAGAACCCAGCUGACUUGCAACAGUUUUAUAAGUCCGAUUAAGGCUGUUAAUAAUCAUGAAGCAGAAUAUCUCUUCCUCUAGAGGGAAAUUGCGUUGCGCCAUCUGCUGGCGUAAGAAUUUCAUCUCUGUCAGAUGCGCUUGGACAUCUCCAUCAGGGGCUAGCCUUAGAUUGGUCAGCUUUUCAAAAUGCAGCAACGCUGAAGAACCAGCAUCUCUUUUAUGUAUUCUAUGCAGCGUUUGCAAAAUCUCAUACGCAUAUUCCAAAUCCUGAAUAUGCACAAGUUGAUAAUCAGAGACACAUAGAAUUAUGGCCGUCCUGGCUCUCACAUUCUGUGAAUUCCAACUUGGCGUUGGUGCAGCAGGGAUGGGAUUAUCAAUCACCCCAAAAAUCCUCUGAUUCUGAAGCAGGGCUUUCAUUGUUACAGACCAUAAGGAAUAAUUGCCAUUAGUCAGUGGAGGUGGGUAAGGUAAGCCUCCCCCCUUCUUGGUAUCCAUUUUGAAUCCAAGCCUCAGCUCUCACUCUCGAGCCUGUAAAAUCCAAAAGUCUAUUGGGUUGUUUACUGCCUUGCACCUGGCAGCUAAGCGCAGGCUGCUUCAGAAAAUCCCUCCAAGAGCAGUGAGAUAAUAGACAAAACACCAGUGUUUUUCCAGCCUCUCACAGUCCCAGCCUCACUUGGCUUGUAAUUUCCCACUUCCCUUUCAAGCUAACUAGCUUAGAGGAAGCUGAAAGCAUACACGUCUCAUUGCUUAGCAACUUGGCCUUGGCUGACCGGCAUUAGAAAGCUUAUCAAGCCUCAGGGAUGCGAAAAAUGCGGGCUGUUUCUCAGGGCUGUUUUCAUCCAAAAGCAGACACUCAGUGAACCGAAGAAUGCUUCAAUUCACGUUCACUCUCACAGCCAUAAGAUCACCAUACCUUGAGGGAAUUCGUUGCUCGUAUUAUCAGCAAAAACGCCUCCUCCGGUGCUCAGCUGCCCUUUGUAGCUUCCCAUCUGCUCGCUACCACAUUCUUUCUUUAUCUCCUUGCAGAGGAUGAAUUAUGAUCUAUCAACCUCCUUAGCUGCUUUCAUGGAUCGAUGCCAUCAGGUCCGUGCUACCAGAUGUCGGGAUUGAAGCCUAUAUGAGUAGUAACUGGCAACUCUCCAGGCACCCGGCUUGAUCUCCUGUUGACCUCCCUGUCUGCAUUCCUCAGCGAGAUCCAGGCAGAGGUCGCGAUAGGCGAUCCUUCUCAACGUGAGAAGAACACACCCCCUCUUUCUUGCCCCCCCCAGCAGGGGAAAGAGAUAGACAGAAACGUAUUUACAUGCCUUUAUUUCUGUCUUUGCAGCAUUACAAAAAACAUGACUGCUCUCUUCAAGCUCCAGCAGUCGAGUGACAAACACUUCCUGUACUUCCUGUGCAGCUCAUAUUACACUCUGAGCUAAUUCCGGUGCUUCGCACUGAAUUGACUGUCCCUCUGUUUCCCACGGACAGUCCCAACAUCAUGUGAUGUUUUCAAGCUAGCAGCUCGCAGCUGCAUUGCUUCUAUAUCGUAACAAUAUUUUCCUUCAUCUGACAUCCUGGUAGAAAGCAGGCCUGAUUGUGAUGAAUUUUUUCUGCUAAAACACCUUUCAUUCUAUUGCCCAAAAUAUGAGCAAUACUCUAAAUGGAGUAUUUUUUCUCGCCUUUUAGUUCAAGAAUUAUUGAUUUGUGGUCCGAAAGUGUUCUUAGUUGUAUUUCUGCAUUUUUAAUCUAUGGAAUUCCAUCCUACAGGAAUGAUGGCCAACAAUUUGGAUAGCUUGAAAAAAGAGGAUUAGACUGAUGUCUGUGCUCUGCCCUCGUGGUCCUAGGCAAUUAUGCUUCUUAAAAUAGGAGUGUUAAAAUAGUGUUAAAAUAGGAGAAGGUGCAUAUUGCGAUUGACGUGUGUUAGGUUCCUUUCUUGUAAGUCUUAACAGGAUUCUCUUCCCCUUCCUCCCCACUCCCAAACAGGUGAGGAAGAUGAUGGCCAGAAUUCUAUGGAGCCAUCUGUGAAUUCAUUGGGAAGAACAAAGAAACAGUUUAAAUGCAUGGAAUGUGGGAUGUGCUUUAGUCACAGUGGAAGACUGAGGACACAUCAACGAAUUCACAUAGAGGAGAAACAAUUUAAAUGUACUGACUAUCGAAAGAGCUUCAGGGAAAAUGGAACUCUUAGAAAACAUCAACGAACUCACACAGGGGAUAAACCAUUUAAAUGUAUUGAAUGUGGAAAGUGCUUCAGUCACAAUGGAACACUUAGAAUACAUCAACGAACUCACACAGGGGAGAAACCAUUUGAAUGUAUUGAAUGUGGAAAGUGCUUCAGUCGAAAUGGAAACCUUAGAAUACACCAACGAACUCACACGGGGGAGAAACCAUUUGAAUGUACUGAAUGUGGAAAGUGCUUCAGUCGAUAUGGAACACUUACAAUACACCAACGAACUCACACGGGGGAGAAACCAUUUAAAUGUAUAGAAUGUGGAAAGAACUUCAGUCGAUAUGGAACACUUAGAAUACACCAACGAACUCACACAGGGGAGAAACCAUUUGAAUGUAUUGAGUGUGGAAAGAGCUUCAAUAAUAGUGGAAACCUUAGACAACAUCAACAAACGCACACGGGGGAGAAACCAUUUAAAUGUAUUGAAUGUGGAAAGUGCUUCAGUCAAAAUGGACACCUUAGAAUACACCAACGAACUCACACGGGGGAGAAACCAUUUGAAUGUAUUGAAUGUGGAAAGAGCUACAAUGAUUGUGGAAGCCUUAGAAAACAUCAACGAACUCACACGGGGGUGACUCCAUUUAAAUGUAUUGAAUGUGGAAAGUGCUUCAGUCAAAAUGGAACACUUAGAAUACACCAACGAACUCACACGGGGGAGAAACCAUUUAAAUGUAUUGAAUGUGGAAAGCGCUUCAGUGUAACUGGAAACCUUAGAAAUCAUCAACAAACUCACACGGCUGAGAAACCAUUUGAAUGUAUUGAAUGUGGAAAGAGCUUCAGUGGAAUUGGAGACCUUAGGAAACCUCAACGAACUUACACGGGAGAAACCAUUUAA